GGUUGCCGGGGAGACGCGGCGAUGAGCGAGUUGCACGCGGCGGCCGCGGCCGGUAACGCGGAGCUGGUGGAGGAGAUUCUGCGCAGCGGCACGUGCGACCCCAACGGCAAGGACCCUCACUGGAGCCAGAGGACGGCGCUGCACUGGGCGGCGGUGCAAGGAAAACCAGACAUGGUUAAACUUCUUAUCACAAAUGGAUCUCGAUCUUGCUUAAGAACUGAGACUGGAUGGACUGCGGCUCAUUUUGCUGCAGAAUCUGGAAAAUUAUCCGUCCUUCGAAUGCUGCAUUCUCUACACGCUCCUAUUGACAAAGCAGAUCUCUAUGGGGACACCCCUAAAAGAAUUGCAGAUAUAUAUGGGCAGAAAGACUGUGUUAAAUUCCUUGAAGUAGCUGAGCAAGAGUGCUCCAAUUACAGGAGAGUCGCUGAAACGACAGGUAUUGUAUUAGAUGACACAGAUGAAGAGUGGGAAAUCCAGAAAGAAGAACAACUGGCUGAAAUGAGAGCAGCUUCCCAGAAUAAGUGUAGCAAUGUACUUGGCGUUCAACAAAAGCACAAAGGCUGCACUUACACAGUGAGACCUAAGACAGCAAAUCCUAAAGGAAAGUUAUCAAAUAUUAAUAGGGCUUGUAGAAAAAAGAAGGAAAGGUAAGAUCUAGGUCCAGGUCAGGUACAACUUGUGACCAGUUCAGCAGCAUUACCUACGGUCAUUUAAACCGAUAGUUUCUUCUGGUGUGAAUACAGAACAAGCAGCCAACUAAACUUGAUCAAUGUAGUUUUGCACACUGCAGAAAGGCACCUUAUUGUGAGAGGAAUAUCAUAAUUGUGUGGUGUUUAUCUGCCUUUAGUUUGUUGUAUUGCACAAAACUUUCUAUAACUGUGGAGUAAGAAUGACAUUGCACCAGUUCUUUUGAGGAAAUUUACAGUGCAUUAACAAUGAAACAUCAAUACUUCAUUGAUUGCCACUUCAAAGAUAUUCCAAGUUCUCUACUUAUUUACCUACUUUUACCACCUCUCAAAAAAGCCUAGCUUGUGUAGGUUUUCUAGAUUUUUGUCAAAUAAUACACUUCAGUAGAUUUAUUUACAUCCAAGAAUGUGGCCCAAAGUCACUUGAUAUUGAUGUAACUGAAAUUUCAGGCUUCAUGUUUGAAAACAAUUUCCUCUUGAAACCUGCACAACACUUGAUAAAAAUUCCACUGAGUUAGUGCAUCCGUCAUCUUUUGGAUCCCUAUUCAGGUGUAUCUAUGCAUCCAUAUCCUCGUGUGUUAACAUUGUUGGGAUUGCCAGUGUCCUCCUAAGAGAUUGCUUGUGUUUAGGCUCUCUGCUUGGUUGUGGUACCAAUUAUUGCCUUGGUGUGUGAAUACCAAUGAAAUUUAAACUCCUGCUCUUGCCAAAAUUCCAGCCAGUGACCCGUAUCCUGUCCUCUGAUUGACCAGUAGCUCUCAGUGGGCAAGACAUUUACCAUCAAGCACCUCGAUUGUGGUGGGCCGAAAGGUGGCCACUUAACUGUCUAAAAGACAAUUGAUUUUGUUGGAUUUCCAUCAUGGAACUGAGAGGGAUUCCCACUGUUCUUUUUUCUCCCACUGGUCAGAUCCCCAUCAAUCUCUCAAAAUACAACCUUGCUAACACUGACUCAGAUUAUCUGCAAUUCACAAGUUCAUAUCCCUCUUAUGCAAGUUAUGAUGAUUCUUGUCAGAAACGAUGCAAGCUGUUGCUGCAUAGCAUGAUAUUUUAAUUAACAUCCCAAAGGUACUGAUUUCUGUACUUAGAUCGAUAACUUAGUAGUGUGAAACAUCACAUAUGCUUUUCAAUGUCAGUUGGUAAU